GCCUCGUACCUACCCGAUCGAAAAGCCCCAACCGCCGCCUGCUCAGCCAAGCUUCCGACGCAGAAGCCGAAACCAACCACCCCCCAGAAACACCGCUCGCGCGCGCACAGGUAGCAGCUCAGGCGAGCAGGCCGGCCGGCCGAGAGAGCAAGAGAGGCGGUGAGGCCAUGGCGGCGAGCGCGAGGGGGAGCGUGUGGGAGAUCCAGGCGCGCGACGUGGAGGCCGCGGGGCUCGCCGCCACCGACGCGGCCGCGUUCCUCGCCGCGCUCCGCUCCGUCGCCGAAGGAGGAGCCGACGAAGCCGCCGUGUGGGCGGCGGCGGCGGGGGUGCUGCGGCCGGAGCACCCGCACGCGCUCCACCAGCUCGUCUACUACUCCGUCUACGCCGGGUGGGACCACGCUGCACGGGGCCCGCCGCCGUACUGGUUCCCGUCCCCGAUGGACAGUAAGCAAACAAACCUUGGGAGGUUGAUGGAAGCAAAUGGACCUGAGCUGUUAGGGUCUGCAUACAAGGACCCGAUAUCAAGUUUUAACCUCUUUUACAGGUUCUCGGUGGAGAACCAAGAGGUCUACUGGUCUAUGGUGCUAAAGCAGCUCUCAGUCAAAUUCCAACAAGAACCAAAGUCAAUUCUAACUACAUCAGAUAUAUCAAAGAAAGGAGGAACCUGGCUUCAAGGUGCAGUGCUCAACAUUGCCGAAUGUUGUCUGCUACCUUGUCCUUCCCUGCAGAGGACAGAUGAAAGCACAACAAUUGUUUGGAGGGAUGAAGGCCUUGAUGAUUAUCCAGUGAACCUAAUGUCAUUGAAGGAGCUUCGCAAUCAAGUGAUAACUGUUGCAAAUGCCCUUGAUACCAUGUUCCAAAAAGGGGAUCGGGUUGCAAUAGACAUGCCUAUGACAUGCAAUGCAGUCAUCAUAUAUUUGGCAAUCAUCCUUGGUGGUUUUGUUGUUGUAUCAAUAGCAGAUAGUUUUGCUCCUCAGGAGAUCGGUACUCGAAUGGAUGUCUCAAAAGCAAAGGCAAUUUUUACUCAGGAUUUCAUAGUUAGAGGAGGGAAGAAAGUUCCACUUUACAGCCGUGUUGUGCAAGGGACUUCAUCGAAAGCUAUUGUAAUUCCUGCAACUGGAGACUAUCUUGGAGUUACACUGAGGAGUGGUGAUAUGUUGUGGAAAGAUUUUCUUUCUCAUGCUGCUGGAAGGUCAUCUGUUUAUUCUCCGGUUUAUCAGACUGCAGACACGCUAACUAAUAUACUUUUUUCUUCAGGAACAACUGGGGAGCCAAAAGCUGUACCAUGGACACAACUUUCUCCCAUGAGAUGUGCAGCUGAUGCGUGGGUCCAUUUGGAUGUUCGCCCACAGGACAUAGGUUGCUGGCCUACUAAUCUGGGCUGGGCUGUGGGACCUCUAAUCCUGUACGCAUGCUUUCUAAGUGGUGCAACUUUGGCUUUAUACCAUGGAUCUCCCCUUGGUCGUGGUUUCUGCAAAUUUGUACAGGAUGCUGGUGUGACUAUAUUAGGAUCUGUGCCAAGCUUGGUGAAGUCAUGGAAAGCCGGGAACUGCACUAAAGGGCUUGACUGGACCAAAAUCAGGGUACUAGGCACAACAGGGGAGGCUUCUGAUAUUGAUGAUAAUAUGUGGCUAUCUUCACGUACCUCAUUCAAGCCCAUUGUUGAAUGCUGUGGGGGCACGGAACUGUCAUCAUCAUACAUUCAAGGGAGUAUUUUGCGACCGCAAGCUUUUGGAGCUUUCAGUGGUGCGUCCAUGUCCACUGGAUUUGUCAUACUUGAUGAACAAGGAACUCCAUAUCCCGAUGAUCAACCUUGUGCUGGAGAAGUGGGUCUCGUCCCUUUAUAUUUUGGUGCUACUGAUCAACUUCUCAACGCUGACCACAAUAAGGUUUACUUUGAUGGAAUGCCCAUUUACAAAGGAAGGCAACUCCGACGACAUGGAGACAUAAUCCAGAGGACUGUUGGUGGAUACUAUAUUGUUCAGGGCAGAGCAGAUGACACUAUGAACCUUGGGGGAAUUAAGACCAGUUCGGUGGAGAUCGAGCGUGUAUGUAACAGAGCCGAUGAGGGGCUUCUAGAGACUGCAGCAGUUAGCAUCAAACCCACUGGUGGGGGACCAGAACAUUUGGCUAUCUUAGCAGUGCUGAAAGAUAGAUCGACACCAUAUGACGUAAAUCUCCUUAAGAGCAAGUUCCAGAGAGCCAUUCAGAAGAACCUCAAUCCUCUUUUCAAGGUCAGCUAUGUCAAAAUUGUUCCUGAGUUCCCGAGAACUGCUUCGAGCAAGCUACUGAGAAGGGUCCUGAAGGAUCAGUUGAAGCAGGAACUCUCAAAUCGCAGCAAGCUAUGACCUUCCAGGGGUGUUGGGGGAAAUAUCCCAGCCCACAGAUAAUACUAAGGGGAUGCCGUCAAAAGCUUCUUCGGAGUUCUUGGGCUUCGGACUCCCUGCAGAAGCUAAGGCUUCCGGAGGUCGUGAACCCCUCAUGCCAUCGCCUCUCGAGACAGGGGAAGAAACUGACAUCCGGAGAGAAUAUCAAUAAAAGAAGAGCACCAAUAGCAAUUGGUCUGACACGAAGUGACUGGCAGUUAAUGCCGGAGCAAGUGGUGGUCACUCUGACAUCCGGAAUAGUGCGGCGCCGCAAUAGACGAUCGGCUAAGUACCACGUCUUUAGGGUCACUUGCACACUGUAUUGACAUAGUAGAUAAUAUCUUCUGAUUAGGGGUAAAUGCAUUCCACUUAGACCCUUGCUGUGCGAUUCGACCGGUCCUAGAUCCCUGUGGUAUAGUGAUAGUUUGUAUCGCUAUCUCUGUAAAGGUAUAUUUGCACAUUUACACCCUGAACGACACUAUAAAUACAGACACAUAGGCAUUAGGCCAGAGGAUCAAUCUUUUUUACUAUCAACACGUUUUUAGUUCUCCCUUCU